AUGGUUGUGCCUUCUCCAAGUUCCAUCAUGAUAAGAACCAAGAAAACAAAGGCUAUGGGAAUCCCUACAAUUGACCUAUCCAUGGAAACGUCAGAGUUGGCGGAACAAGUAGUGAAAGCCUGCGAGGAAUACGGUUUCUUCAAGGUGGUAAACCACAGUGUGCCAAAGGAGGUUAUUUCAAGAUUGGAAGAGGAGGGAACUGAGUUUUUUGCCAAACCCACCAUGGAGAAGCGUCAAGCUGGCCCAGCCUCUCCUUUUGGUUAUGGCUUCAGAAAUAUUGGCCUAAAUGGUGAUAUGGGUGACCUCGAAUAUCUCCUACUUCAUACUAAUCCUCUUUCCAUCUCUGAGAGAUCCAAAACCAUCGCAAAUGACUCUACCAAGUUCAGCGGUGCUGUGAAUGAUUAUAUAGAAGAGGUUAAGGAACUAGCAUGUGAGAUUCUUGAUAUGGUGGCGGAGGGUUUGGGGGUCCAAGACAAGCUUGCACUAAGCAGGCUCAUCAGAGAUGUCCAUAGUGAUUCAGUUCUGAGGAUCAAUCACUACCCUCCGUUGAACCUCAAGGUGAAGAGCAACAAGAACAAUAAUAACAUUGGUUUUGGGGAGCAUUCUGACCCUCAGAUCUUGACCAUCCUGCGGUCCAACGAAAUCGGUGGCCUUCAGAUCUCCACACAUGACGGCAUGUGGUUACCUGUCCCCCCCGACCCCAAUGAAUUCUUUGUCAUGGUUGGCGAUGCCCUCCAGGUUUUGACAAAUGGAAAGUUUAUAAGCGCGAGACACAGGGCAUUAACCAACCCAUUGAAGGCGAGGAUGUCAAUGAUGUACUUUGGAGCGCCACCACCGAAUUGGUGGAUAACUCCGUUGCCGAAUAUGGUGUCACAACCGCAAAAUCCAAGUAUGUACAAGCCCUUCACGUGGGCCCAGUACAAGCAAGCAGCAUACUCUCUUCGACUCGGUGAUUCUCGGCUUGAUCUAUUCAAGGCCCAACAAGAUACCCAUCUCGUAGCUGCCUCUACGUCGCAGAUUCAGUGUUGA